AUGCCUACAAAAAACAUCGCCCCUUCAAAGCGUAUCACUGGUGAGAUCGAUCCGGUCGCUUCUCGUACCCGUUCGCGCACUCGAUCCACCUCUGCUUAUCGUGGUUUGGCCCCCGUUUUGUCAGACGUCUCCGAAGCCGAAUCUACUGGCCGUCGUCGUCAUAAAACUACCAAAAAGCAUCGCGGAGAUGCACCAAAGAAAACUUCUCGGCGCGACGUCCUGACAAUGAAGAGCAAGCUGAUGGAAAAGGAAGCCCCGUCUGAGCCACCCAGUGAAUCAUCCAACUCUGACUCCGAGCCCAAGAUGGUCGAUAAGAGCGCCCGCAAGAUGCACAAGAAGGUGGCAGAAAAGGCCAAGCCAAAGGAGAAGCCGGCAAAGAAGGUGUCAUCCUCGUCAUCGUCAUCGCAGUCUGAGCGCAUUGGAUCGAAGAAGGGAAGCAGCAGCUCAUUGAGCAGCUCCCUCAAAGACAAAAGAAAGGAAAAGAAAGCUGUGAAACGAGGCCGUGUCAAGACUCCACGCUCUACCACCGCAACUGCAAACAAGCGUCAGCGCAAGGCUUCUCGUAGCGCAUCAAUCCGACGUCCCAAGCGUGCCGCCAAGAAGCCC